CAGUCCAUCCUCGGUCGACUAAGAGGUAUCAUCUCAGUUGACUCGUAGGAUCGCCAAAGUAAGGCGGAGGAAGGAGAGGAGGAAGGAGAACUCCUUCUGAGAAGUUCCAAGUCCUCCGCCAUCAUGUCCGACACGGGUCAGAUCAUAGCAAUGCUGGAACCAUCCAAAUCCAUUCACUCCAAGCAACACCGACUCGAAUGACGAAAAACCAAUCCAAUGAAUCAAUUUCAACGGAUCACACCGCAACCACCUAAUCAACACUCAACAUCUUCACGGACAUGCGAUACAUAUUCAACCAGCUCCUCGCCAUUCUCGGUGUCUUGGCCGGGAAUGGCGUGGGCAUUGGCCAAACCAAAGAUCUGGCCCAUUCAAACAAGCCAAUAGACCUGGUUGAGCGACUCAACCUGGGGGCCAUACCUCCGGGAAUUGAGCGCUCGGUCGGGAUCUGCGAGUCUCGGCCAGGGUCCGGUCCAGACACGGCUUUCAAGAUCUCAAGUCGGGCUGUGGCCAGCAUACCGACGGCUCAAGUCUUUCCCGAUGGCUUCCCCAGCGAUUUCUCUAUAUUGGCCACAUUUAGAGCGGACCAAAACACCAAGUCCAUGCUUUUUACCAUCUACAGCUCGGAGGGCGAGGAGGUUCUCUCCCUCAAGAUUGCACGACGUCUGCGUUUCCACUACCAGGGAACGUUGGACAACAACAAGAAGAGAGUCAAGAUUGGACCCAACUUGGCCGACGGGAAGUGGCACAGACUUGGAAUCAGCGUUAAGGGAAACUCAAUCACAACUCUCGUUGAUUGCAAGCAACAAACCAACCGACCCAUUCAGAGGCACUCUAAGGAUACCAUCAGUACCUCUGGAAUUAUCUUGUUAGCUCAGCAAAUUGACGACAAUACGUUUUUCAAUGGCGAACUUCAACAACUCACUUUCGUCGCCAGUCCAGAGGCUGCUUAUGAGCAAUGUAAAGCGUACAUUCCUAAUUGUAACCAAGCUUUACCCACAUCCAACCAACAAGAUGAUAGUCGUGCCAGCUACCGGGGAAUUUCUGAAGAUGAACUUAUGAACAGAGAGGGAAUCUCACCCCAAGAGUACCUCGAGUUCACUGAGAGAUUUGACGAAGUUCCUCCGCAGCCCCUUCCCACGAACGCUUCGAUCGAAUACGAUUAUUCCGAUACCGAUGACCAAUUCAACUACAUAUCAAGUCCUGGUGAACCCGGACUGCGAGGUCCUAUGGGGGAUCCUGGUCCUCCUGGCCCUCCGGGUCUCAAAGGAGAGCCUGGUCGAGAUGGGCUCUAUGGAAUGGAUGGGGUUCAAGGCCCUCCAGGUAACGUUCUCAUCAUACCAACAAACACUGGAUCCACCAAAGGUCCGGAUAACACUAUGCAAGAAAUGAUCAAACAAGCCAUGGCUAACCUGAUUGGUCCAAGAGGGCCGGUGGGUUUGACAGGCCUACCAGGUUUAUCAGGGCCCCCUGGAACUCCAGGGCUUAAAGGUGAAGAAGGAGAGCCCGGCGAACCAGGCCCAAGGGGGUUAAGAGGCCGGGUUGGAGCUCCUGGAUUUGAAGGCAAGAGGGGAACUCCAGGAAGGGAUGGCGAGCGUGGAUUGACGGGAGAGUCUGGUCCCAAGGGGGAACCUGGCAUACAAGGACUUCCCGGUAUUCCAGGAGACAAGGGAGAACGAGGCUACAAAGGUCGGGAAGGACCAAAAGGAUCUCCAGGAUCUCCGGGAGCCGUCGGCGAAAAUGGGCCCACAGGACCACCUGGCCUGCCAGGCGAAAUGGGUGCUCGGGGGUUUCCUGGGCCGCGUGGAUUUUCAGGCUUACCGGGUCCGCCUGGCAUACCAGGGGCGGAGGGAAAACAGGGAGAGAAGGGAAAUGAAGGGCCCAUAGGGCCAUCAGGACCAACAGGAGUCCCGGGAAACAAAGGACCAAUUGGACCUCCAGGGCCUGUUGGGCCAUUGGGACCACCAGGCCAAGCGGGCCCAAGGGGUAAACCAGGAUUACCAGGCCUACCUGGAGCAGAUGGGGCAGCGGGUAAACCAGGUUUGCCAGGAAGACAUGGUGACAAGGGAAUGAAAGGGCCAACCGGACAUACUGGCCCCGUUGGGUUCCCCGGGACUCGAGGAGUGAAAGGAGACCAGGGAGAACGUGGACUCGCUGGGAACAAAGGCGACAAGGGGGAACGAGGAAAUGAAGGCAUCAAAGGGGACAUGGGAGAAAAAGGAGAACGUGGAAACCCGGGACUCGUCGGAAAACAAGGAGAAGAAGGACCCCAAGGGGCGAAAGGAAGUGAAGGCCCACGUGGUCCAUCUGGCCCACCUGGUCCUGCUGGUGAAAAAGGAAAACAAGGAAUGCCUGGAUUUGCGGGUUAUCCUGGGGGCCCAGGAGAAAAAGGAGAUAAAGGGCAGCAAGGAAGCGAUGGGACUCCAGGGGCUAAGGGCGAAAGAGGACGAGAUGGCCUUGUUGGAGAGAGGGGACCCACAGGACCAAGGGGUUUCCGUGGAAAAAGAGGCCGACGAGGAAGCCAAGGGUUUCCAGGACCAAAAGGAGAUACAGGGCAGCCAGGACCCCCCGGACCUGUGGGAAUGACUGGUCUAGAUGGACCAGAAGGACAACGAGGAAUAACAGGGGAAACAGGAGAAUCUGGAACGUCAGGAAAAGAUGGGAUACCGGGUCCACCUGGCGAGAGAGGUCCACCUGGAGAAAAUGGACCAACUGGUCCAAUUGGUCAACCUGGAGUGAUUGGCCCUAGGGGGCCAUCUGGCGAGGCUGGUCCUAUUGGAGAGCCAGGGACCCCAGGCCCACCUGGAGUCCCAGGAGAUUCUGGAAGACCCGGAGACGCUGGCAAAGAGGGUCCUCUUGGCCCACCAGGUCCACAAGGAAAAACUGGAAUUGCAGGCCAGCCAGGACUGCCAGGAUUUCCUGGUGAGAGAGGAUUACCAGGAUUACCAGGAAUGCCAGGUCUCAAAGGCGAAUCUGGACCUCCAGGGCCAAUUGGUCCACAUGGUGACAAAGGAGCUCAAGGGGAGAAUGGUCUUGAAGGGCCACCUGGCUCUCAAGGAAGACCAGGCCAACCUGGUGGACCAGGAAGGCCAGGAGAGAAAGGGGAAAUGGGACCACCAGGUUUUCCUGGGCCAAUGGGCAGUGACGGAACAAUGGGCAGACCUGGUUUGCCUGGACCACCUGGACCAAUCGGAGAACCAGGCGAAGACGGAGUAAAAGGAGACACGGGUUUACCAGGAGAAAAAGGAUUCAAAGGCUCAAAAGGCUCAAUGGGACCUGUUGGCGCCAUUGGACCUAGAGGACCAAUUGGCGGAAAGGGAGGUGUGGGGCCACCUGGGGAGAAAGGACCUCCAGGUUUAAUGGGUCGACGUGGAACCAAAGGAGAAGAUGGACCAACCGGUCUUCAAGGGCCCGCAGGCCCAGCUGGUCCCCAAGGUUUGCCGGGGCCUCCAGGAGGAAAGGGAGAAAUUGGAGACCAUGGCAAGCAAGGUGCUCCCGGCCCAGCAGGUCAACCUGGAGAAACUGGACCAACUGGAGCAAAGGGUGGUGACGGUAUACCUGGAGCGCCUGGACCAGAAGGACAGCAAGGCAAAAAAGGAGAUUCUGGGACCCCUGGUUUACCUGGACCACCUGGAAAAGAUGGAGCGCACGGUGAAAGAGGUCAAGUGGGUCCAAAAGGAGAGGAUGGAAAACCAGGUCUUCAAGGAAGUCCAGGACCACGUGGAAUACCUGGACCAGAAGGACCAAAAGGAAACGAAGGAGCCCCUGGUUAUCCUGGCAACCCAGGUGAACAAGGGCCUCAAGGAAUCAAAGGAGAGCCAGGAAUGCCAGGUGAACAUGGUAAAGAGGGAAGUGCUGGUCCUCCCGGAGACCCAGGGCUACGUGGAGAGCCAGGAAUCAUUGGAGCUGCAGGGAAAGAAGGCCAACCAGGACCUCCAGGAAAGCAAGGAAAUACUGGUCUGCCAGGCGAAAAGGGAGAUAGAGGACCCCUCGGACCGUUUGGGCCAUUGGGUCCUCCAGGAGAUCAAGGUCCACCUGGUGCUGAAGGUCCUGCUGGUUUAAGGGGUUCUCCUGGUCCAGCUGGAGAGGUUGGACCCCCAGGAAAAUCUGGCAAAAAUGGACCUCCUGGCUUACCAGGGUUGAUUGGACCCCGUGGUCUGAAGGGAAAACGUGGGCGCCGAGGCAUUAAGGGUCACAGGGGAGAAAUGGGUCGAUCUGGAGGAAAAGGGGAACUAGGCGAGAAAGGUGAAAGGGGACUCUCCGGUCCUCUAGGAAUGCCCGGUUUGAAAGGAGAACCUGGUGCGUUGGGACCACCUGGCAUGAAAGGAGCCGAAGGACCUGCUGGUUUACCUGGCCUUGAAGGCCCACCUGGACCGAAAGGAACAAUGGGCCCUGGAGGAGCAAAGGGCGACACAGGACCACAGGGUACCCCUGGUCCCCCUGGUCCACCUGGUGAGCUCCCACUUCUCCCACCAGACGUUCUCUUUCAAAAAGAUCAGCCAGCAAGCGACUUUACAAGAAACAAACGAGAGAGCUCCCGAGGCGAUAUUGGAUCAGAUCCACGGCGUGAGCAAGACGAUUUGGACCUUGUAACCGUCUACACUGAUGUUUACAACAUGCGAAUUGAGCUGGAAAAAAUGAAAAAACCCAUCGGAACGAGACACAGCCCAGCCAGAUCAUGCCGCGAUCUUUCUCAUGGCCAUCCUCAACUCGAAGAUGGCUACUACUGGGUGGAUCCCAACUUGGGCAUGGUGGAUGACGCAGUCAAAGUGUUUUGCAACAUGACAACUGGCGAAACUUGCGUUUUCCCCGAUGUUCAUGCCAGUAAAAUGCCAAAUAUUCCGUGGCGUAAAAGUGGGCAGGGAUGGUAUUCCACACUCCGUGGAGGUUUCAAGAUCAGUUACGACUCUGUUGGCCCUGUUCAAAUGCGAUUCUUGCGCCUACUCAGCGAGAGCGCCCGACAAAAUUUCACGUACACUUGCAUCAACUCUGUCGCAUGGUACGAUAAUCAAAUUAGGAGCUAUAAGAACGCCAUCACAUUCCUUGGUGAUAACGAAGAUGAGUUUUCAUCGACCAAGAAUAAACCAGAGGUUCCUUACGACGGGUGCAGGUUGCGCCAAUCCGAAUCAAAAACAAUCUUCGAACUAUCCACCCAUCGUUUGGCCCAACUGCCCAUCGUUGAUUUUCAGCCUGAAGAUUAUGGAUUACCCCAUCAAGCUUUUGGCUUUGAAGUAGGAGCAGUUUGCUUUAAAUGAAAAUAAUUUAGAAUUAAGAUAACAACGAUGCCCAUACUACAUAUAUGCUAAUCUUAUUUGAUAUGACAAUGCCCAUUUCAUGAUGAUUUAUGCCCUCUGUGUUCUGAUCACUUUAAUGACAUGUAUUCAAAUCACCCCCACUCUGAUUGUCUCUAGUCUUCGUGUUUGACAACUGUCCUAAAUGUGAACAAAUUGCUCUUGACUUGAACUUAACACGCAACGAGAUUUCAGACUUGCCCUCCAAAGACAAUUAUAGUAUUUCACUGAUCUAGUCGGAAGUGACGUCAUGUCAGAGGUUCGGCCGUUCCAUCGAUGAUAAUGUUAUCCAAUGUACAAUUGUAAGCCUCUUUGUUUAAUCGUUAUGUGAAAACAGCUUGUAUAUUUCUUGCUACUGCUGGCGACACCUUCCAUGUGCAAAUAACUUGAUAUGGAACACCUGGUUUGGUUAGUCCGCUCCAAGGUAUUUCCAACCCAUAUCGUAAGAAAUGUAAUGCAAAGCAAAUACACCAAUCAAGCAUUA